CCCCACUUUUCCUUUGGCUGUGUCAAGCGGCGGCCACCAACGUGGAGAGCGGAAGCCACCGCCGCCGCCGCGCUCUUCUCCAUCGAACGAGCCCCGCCGCGUGAGCUGAGGGAAGGCGGUGUCCGGCGCGCGGGCAGCUGACGGUUUAAGGACUGUACCAUUCGCCUCCCGCGGAAGGGGCGAGCGACUGCCACCCACCUUAAGGCGCACGUGAAGGCUGCUUUUGGUGGGCACCUGUGAGGGGGUCACUCGCUCGCCUUCCCUCGCUCACUCCCCCGCCCCCGGCGCAGCGCGUCGGAUUAGUAGGCGCCCAACCGCCGUCAGGCGCGAGGAAGACACGUCCCGUCAGCCACAACCGGUUUGAACCGGAGCGCGAGGAGGAGCCGCCGCUUCUGCCGCCGCCAUGGCCGAGACUGAGGAAAGGAGCUUGGACGACUUUUUCGCGAAGCGGGACAAGAAGAAGCGGAAAGAGAAGAGCAGCCGGGGGGCCGCCGCGGCAACGGGCGCCUCCUCAGCUGCCUCGCACAACGCCCCUGCUUCUGCUUCUGGCGGGGGUGGUGGGAGCCGGCAAGCCGAGGGCGGCUCCGGGACGGCCUCCAAUGCAAACGCCGUCGGGACGAAGGGGGGGAUUAAGGAGGAGGAUGACUGGAAGGAAUUUGUGCAAGAAGAAUUAGUUGACUACAGUGGUCUCAGAGUUCACUCCAUGCAAAUUAGUGAAAAAGAUGAUGAAGAUGGUGAAAAGAGGGAAGAGCCAAGGGAUAACAGUGAAGAACCAGGUGGGGGUAUGGAUAAGUUGUCAGGUCCUUGGAAUAGAUCUGCUCCUACACAGACACCUGUUGCUGAAAUUAUUGAAACCCCAGAGCCAGCCCAGUCCAGUGGAGUAUAUAGGCCACCCGGAGCAAGAGAAACUAGAACAAGGAAAGUGCCACAAGGACCCCCCGAGAUUUAUAGUGAUACACAAUUCCCAUCGUUGCAGUCCACUGCCAAGCAUGUAGAUACUAGAAAGGAUAAAGAAAUGGAGAAGAGCUUUGAAGUAGUAAAACACAAAACUAGAGGUAGGGAUGAGGUUUCAAAAUCCCAGGCAACUAAACUUCAGCUAGACAACCAAUAUGCUGUGCUUGGGGAUCAGUAAAGCUGUACACACAUUACAAUUAAGGAAUGGUUAUUUGAUACUUUUCCAGUCUAAGGUAACUAAACCACCUAUUAUGAACAUGCCGUCUUAUAUCUGCUGGAUCUACUGCAACAAGUGCAGACCUCUUUGACGUAAGUGAUUUGCUCUAUGGAAGUAUGCUUAAUUUGGUACAUCUGACACUUCUUUUGGAUAUGAGGGAAAUUAAUGUAACUGGUCGAACAAGAGCCCCCAGUGUUUUGAUUACUCUGCAAAAGCUAUCGGCAGCCAGUGGUUAUUUCAAAUUUUUUUAUGUUCAGAUACUGAGCCUUCGUAAGGGUUGACUACCUCAGACUUGCUGCACUCAUUGUGGACACCAUGUGGAUCACAACUUCUGGAAAAGGUUACAACUCUUUAGUGGCCAUCUGAAACCAGCUCUACUGGAUUCCUCUCAGAAAUCCUGCAGAAGUCAGCCAUCUGGGUUCUGAUUUAUUCUAAAUGACAGAUUUAAGUGACCUUAAAUGAGCAAUUUGUCCUGUGCCCCCAUUUAUUAUUUCAUCCUUUCAUAUGUAGCCAUAACUUACUAGGAACCUCUAGCAUAUACCACUUUCAAAAAUAUGCAGUGUAGUGUUGAGCUGUUUGUUUGGGUUUUGUUUCAAUUUAGGUUUCCAGAAAAUAAAUAUCCAUCCAGAUAGAAAACGUAGGUAGCAACACUAGUCUGCGUAUAGUAACUGGUUUCAUCUAUGUAAACUCUUUUAUUAUUUUUUUAAAUGCCUUUUUUGGCUAGAGAAAUUGCAGCAAAGUCAAGUAGCAGUAUGGAUUAUGCAGACUAUCCAUACAUUAUUUUUUCUUUAUUUUCAAGUGACUAGGAUUUCUGUAGAUUUGCAUUCAAUGGCCAACAAAUGUCUAUGCGCCUCUAGUCUGUGGAGCUCAUUUUUGAAAAAUUCAAGCCGUAUACUUAACCUUAACAAUGUAUUAUGGCAAGUAUCAGCUGUUGGUCGCACACACUAUUGUAUUUGCAGGAUGGAAGUAAUUAUAUGUAGUGAAAAAUGUCAUUUGUUGUGGUUUCUUACUGGUUGAAACAUGGAAAUAUUCUGGAAAUGUGUUGCACUUAUGACAGUUUUUUGUCUGUUGCCCAAAGAUUUAGUGACUUCAGUCAAAGAUCAGUCUUCUGACCAGCUGUGUGACAUUUGGAGAGAUACUAGUACAAUAAUACUUAUAUGCUAAGAUUUGUGCUUUACUGUACAGUAUGACACUGAUCGUGAAUAGAAUUCAAACCAACUCCCAAAGAGAUUCCUGGGGUACAGAAGGUAAUCCUCCCUAAAUUUUCUUCUCAACUAAAUCUUGAUGUGGCUGCUGCUGCUGCUACUGUGUCUUUCCAAGAGUCCUGUUGCUUUCUUGACUCUUGAGCAGGAAUUCAGAUAUCUCAGAGCAUACAGCUUUGUGAGCUUGGGUAGGUAAAAUACAUUCAUAGGAAACAGCUUUAGUUAUAAACAUGGGGUGACUUUGCAAUUGACGACUGGCUAUGAUGUGAAAUGAUUAAUAUUCUGGGUAACAAACUUUCCCCCUCUGCCUAGAAUUGCAUUGGCUUUGUGCUCAAAGAAUCGCUUGGCAUAACUGAAAGAAAACGCUACUAAAUAGUUGCCUUUUGUAUAGAUGUAAAGCUAGGCCACUAGAUGUCCAUAUCACUGAAGUAAAUCUACAGCUGACACCAUUGAGUUGUGUAUCUUCCUCAAAGUGUAUUUCUUCGCCAACAAAACAUAUGCAGGGUAUUAAAGCUAAAGAUUAUGUGUAUGUCUAUGUCACUUAAUGACAUAGCAAAAACUUAAAAUCACAACUUUGGCAUUUUAUGAAGGUUGUUACUACACAUGAAUCAAGUUUUAAUAUACUGUAUGUUAGAGUAGGAUGAAGUUUUCCUUUGUAACUUCACUUGAGUUCUUGGGCAUGGUCGACAAAGCAAGAUAACAUUGUAACAUUAAUAAAUAUAAUACAUGGCAAUGUACAUGGCUUCUGGAGUCUAAUGAAUCUGUACAUUUAGUUAUGCUAUGUCAUUUAAACUGAGCAUGGCAAAGCUGAUAAAUGAUCAUGAAGUUGAAACUCGAGGCUGCAAUUUUAUAUACAUUAUAUGGGAGUAAGUUCCAUUGAACUCGCGUGAUUUACUUCUGAGUAGAUGUGCACAGAAUUGGGACUUCAAAGCAGCAGCUGCUAAUGAAGAGUGAUCUUCAUUUAGUUUUGUCUGGUUACUGUCUACCUCACCCAUAUACUUCUAUUAACAAAAGCCGCAAACUAAUGGGAAGUAGCAAGUAAGCUGAUUUCUUGCUAUGGUGAGGAACUAGAAGUGCUGGGGUUUGUAAUCAGGACCCCUGAUUACAAGCACUAAUCCCAGUUGGAUAGCCUUCUGAAGUCCUAGAUCAGGGGUGGCCAUUGGACAUGUUGGCUUGGACUGAUGGGAGCUGGAGCAGCAUUUUGAGGUACCAUGUUGGCUGCCCAUUCCUUAAGAGUCUGAAGCCUCAAAGAGAAAUAUUUCACAUGGAAGAACUUGAUUCCAUUGGCCCAGUACACAUCUCACAUUCAACUACUGUUAAAACCAAACCCUGGUUUAAUGUGAGUGUACAGCACACUGGUGCACAAUACUGAAAUUAUGAAAAGCUCCACUCCUGCUGCUGGGAAAGCCACAGUCUGGUUUGUUGUGAUGUCACCACCUAGGGUUCUUAUCCAUUUCUCUGCAAACAAUGAGCAGUAACCAAGAUUCCUAACUUACUGCUUAGAGUGCAUUUCUGGGGAAACUAACCGUAAUCAUUGGUUCAAGCAUCUUGAAAAGUCAAAGGUCUUGGCUUGUUUCCUGGCAGCAGCAGAUGUGAGGGGAAAGAAAGCAUAUUCACAAUAAACCAGUUUUAACUAUGGUUUAAACAUGACUUGUAAAUCAGGCCAUUGAAGCACUAGGCCCCUAAAUUGUCUCUUUCAAGUCACAAAUGUUUUCCAAAACCCAAGAUACAGCUCAAAGAAACAUGACAUAUAGUUCUUUUCAUACUGCUGAAUCACUUUUAGGACUAAGUGUAAUCCUACUUCCUUGGUAGGUCGAUAUGUAGAGGCAGUCUGUGACUAACCUUGGAUGCUGUGUGAAGUUGCUGGAUCCUUAUGUAUGCCUAUUUUACCUAUAUGAUGGGAUACAUCCUGUUAUAGAAUUGCUUUACAGUUUAUGAUCCAUAGGCUAAAACGAAAGGAAGAUUAAUUUAGGCAUAUCGAGAUUGGAAGUGCGUAAUGGUUCUUUCUACACAUCUGUUGCCAGUUCGUUAUUGGUAAACUUUCAUGGUGAAGUUUUACUUAUUAGCAUGAAGAAUCUGGCCCUGCUUUUUGUUUCUAGCAGCCACACACUAAAUUUCAGAAACGCCCCAAUAGGAAAAUUUCUAUCCCUGAAAUCAAACCUGGUCUCGUGCAAUCCAUUCCGGUAGCUAUUCUGUGAAUGGACGUAAGACUGACUUUUGGCAGAACAUGCACCAUAUUUGUAAUUGGUCAUAAAAAUCUUUAGUUGUAUUACUGCAUUAUUGACACUUUAUAAUGUUCAUGACAUCUUGUUCAAAGCAGGUGUAAUAGUUGUAACCUAUUCAGUAAAGCACUUGAAAGCCAACUUCAUGCAAAGGAAGGAAUGUGAGGAUCAAAUAAGCCAGGCUUAAAUAAAAUAGGGUUUUAAUCUGGACUUUUGAUAGCAUAACAAGAAAUAUGUGUUGAUGGUAGAGCUUUUUAUUCCAAACAUGGUUGGAUCAUUUUUAAUGCAUCUGUGAUGCAUGGUAAAUAGAUCCUAUGGAGUGGGUGUUCAUUCCAUGGAAGCAUUAGGAGUGCCUGAGAGCCUUUGCAUCACUUUCAGAGGCUUCUGUACAAAUGCUAUAAUGGUGUGGUUGCAAUGCAAGCUUUAUGCAGAUGUGGCUCUAACAGCAGCGCUCACAAACUUUAGGGGGUCAUGAGUGCCCUUACACUGCUGGUGCAUCUGCUUGAUACCUAUAUAUUAGGAGUCUCAUUUGAAUAGGAGACUGUGCAUAUUGCCCAACCUGCAUAGGCCCACACAGCACAAUUUUUACUCCAAGGACUUGGAGGUAUUGGGUUCUACAUGCAUAGACUCCCAUUCAGAUAUGAGAUCCAGUAUGUUAGCAUCAGGUGAGCAGGGUCAUUCCUGAGCUUCCCACCACCACCUGUCAGGCUGUACUGUUAAAGCCAUGUCUGCAUAGACAGUGUCUUCUAUAUACUCUUAAUACUUGACUUCAGUGGGACCUGUAUGUGGAAGUGUUUAGUGAUGAGGCCUUAGACUGCUGUAUCCCUGAUAAUCCAUGUUAUAGCUGAAAGUGUGGACUGCUGCAAGUAAUGUUAGAAGAGUGAAACAAAAUUGCAUUAUUUUGGAUAAACUGUGCCUAGGCCUAGAUAACUAGAGAGUCAGAACUGAUAGUUUUCAUGAAGCUGUUUUUAAAGCAAGGUAGGCAAAAAUCCAAGUGCAAAAAUAUAUGCCAUAUUGAGUAGGCUUCUUUGUAUAGUUUUACUAGCUCAAAAGAGCCCAUGUAAUGAAAGUUGAUAGUAAGCAUUAAAUGAAACUUUCCUGGGGAGCAAGACUAAAAGGUGCAAAAUUUAAAAUAAUUCUAUUCUGGGAAGCAAUAUCCUUAUUUUACAUAAUACCUACAUAAAAGUGCCCAGGAAUUGAUUCACUUCAUCCUUGAGGUAAUCUUGUCCCAAAGCACUGAUGCAGCUAUAAAACUGUGUCUGAAACAACACAGAUACUAAAAAGGAAGUGCAGGAAAAUACUUGAAUUGCUCAUUGAGGAUUCAGAAAAUUCUGAAGAAUAAAUAUAAGGCUUCCCAAUUGGAUCUAGCUUUUAAUUUUAACAAACAGAAUUCUGAUCAUACCAGCUCUAUGUGCAAGGGUGGGUGGUUUGUAUUUUUAAUGAUCCUCCACAAAUUCCCCAUAAGUAGAAAACAAAAAUAUAUAGGGUGUUGCCAGGCCCUAUAUGAAGCUUCAUAUAGAGGAGAGUAUUUGAAAAGUACACCCUACCUGUAAUAUGAACUUUAGAAUUCUGUGACUUCUAUUCUGCCAAAUCUGUAGAAUAGUUCUCAGAGGAAAGUAACAAUAGGAAAAAAUACUUUAGGACGAUGUAUUAUCUCCGCAAAUAUGAACCUCCAGAGCCUUCAAGCUGCGAUUAGGUAAAUGGGGGUUACUAAAAUGAAAGAUUAGUUACUUCUAAAUAUAUAUAAAAGUAACUAAGAACUAAAAAAAAGUUUGACAUUUCUAUUAGAAUAUGAAUUACCAUAAACGUUGCUGGUAUAUAGUACCAGUCACUUAGAUUUAAAACGUUAACAUACUUGCCAAAGGCAAGUCCAUGAACUUCAAUGAAAAGAAUCUGAUCCCAAACCAUUGCAAGGAUGAAAGCAUAGUCUGCUGCAAGUAUGGCAUAGGAGUGGGUGGAAGUCUUGCUGUGCCUCUGUUUACUAGGCUGUAAAGAUAAUGCUUCCCUACCUCACAGGGGUGUUGUGAGGCUGACUUCAUUGUAAAAUGCUUUUGAGUUUUCCUGAUGGAAGGUGCUAUAGAAGUGCACAACAUGUAACUAAUCAGCCAACAUCUGAUGGCUGAUUCUGUCACCUUAUUAAACUUUUUCAUUACAGUAUUUUGCUACUACUAUAGAAGGCUUCUCUACAAAACAUUAUUUAAAUGUAUGGAUCAUGUAACAAUGGACUUUGCAAGAAGGCAUGGUUGAGUUUUCAAUCUUUAUGCAUCCCCUUUCUGGUUUUAUGUGAUUAACUGUGCAGCUCUAAUUGUAUUAACAAGGUUUUUGGGUUUUGCAUGGAAAUUACUUAAGAUCAAUUAUCAUUUUUUUUGUAAACUCCCUGAAUGAAAUAAACUUAUGUUCACACUG